ACUCAGUGAAGAUGCUGUGCUCUCAUGGAUUCCAGUCUGCCCUCACUCCAUCCAUGGACUUCUACUGGCCUGUACUCAGUCUGUGGCCGGAGGUCAACCCUCUGGUCUACCAGCAGCAUCUCCUGCACACAAACCUCCAGGAGCUGAGCAGCAGUCUGGAGCUGAUGGACCAACUUCAACACAACGUCCUGGAGGAGACGGAGCCUUUCCAAAGCAUCGUGGCCGUGCAGCCGGCGUCCCGCCAGCUGGACACAGAGGGAGGAGAGCGCUUUGCUGUGACCCUGGACACUCAAGGCUUCUCCCCAGAGGAGCUGUCUGUCAGGCAGGUGGGCAGGAAGCUGAGGGUCAGCGGGAAGACGGAGAAGAAGCAGGAGGACGGGGACGGGUCCUGCUCUUACAGACUCCAGGAGUUCAGACAGGAGGUGGAUGUUCCUGAAGGGCUGGACCCUGAAGCCGUCAGCUGCUGCCUGUCUCCAGACGGGAAGCUCCACAUCCAGGCAGCCAGAGCUCCAUGUGCAGAGGAGGCUGAGAGGGAGCUGGCUGUCAGGAGGAGCUGGGAGGAGAAAACACAGCAGAGUGGGUGUUCACAGGCACAAGACAGCAGCUCACAGGACACACCUGGAGACAUGGACUGGUCCAGACUGGAUGCUGUGGUGCCACUGAGACGUGUUUCAUGAUAACGAAUGAUGAUCAUGUGUGCUUUAGUGUGUUUGUAUGUAAACCUGGACAUGAUUAAUAAAUGCAUCAGUUUCUAA